AAAUGUCAAAACAGACAAAAACAUCAUACCACUGAUAUCUGUGGAAAAUCAUUCUUUGAGAAUGAUCAUUUAAAUCUGCAUAAAUAUAUUCAUACAAGAGAUAAACCAUAUCAGUGUGAUAUAUGCAAUAAAUCAUUUUCUCAUAAUCAUACUUUAACGGCACACAAACGCAUUCACACAGGAGAGAGACCAUACCAAUGUAAUACCUGCAGUAAAUCAUUUGCUACAGGAGGUAGCUUAAAUACUCACAAACGUAUUCAUACCGGAGAGAAACCAUAUCACUGUGAUAUCUGUGGUGUAUUUUUCUCUGUGAAUAGUCACUUAACUAAACACAAACGCGUUCAUACAGGAGAGAAACCAUAUCAGUGUGAUAUAUGUGGUAAAUCAUUCUCUGCAAAAAACUCUUUAACUAGUCACAAACGUAUUCAUACAGGAGAAAAACCAUACCAUUGUGAUAUAUGUGAUAAA